GGUCUAUCAAAUCGUGUAGAUUGCGUUAUCUCUUUAAAGUAAAUAUAAUAUGUAUAAUUAUAAUCAUUAAAACCUAAUCCAAUAUAUAUAUUAGAUUUGCUAGUCAUCUUGCAGAGAUAACAUGCAUAGAAUUCUUCUCAGAGCGAUUAUUAACAUAAAGUUACAGCAAACGACGCCUAAAACGAUUGAAAUAGUCAACAGUUUUAUUUGAGGUUUCACGUACGCAACAAGUACUAUUUACAUUUUAAACGGUUCAAAAAAAAAAAGUAUUGCAUUUAUUAUAUUUUUAUAAUACAUAUACACAUAUUCCAAAAAGAAAAUGGUUUUUGUUUGUGUGGAUGAUUUUGAAAAGAAGGCACAUAGUGUGCUGGAGAAGAGCGCAUUGGAUUAUUAUCGUAGCGGAGCUGGUGAACAAUAUACGCUUAACUUGAAUCGUGAAGCGUUUAGAAGAAUCCGCAUACGUCCGCGUUUUCUGCGUGAUGUCUCUAGCAUUGACACUCGCUGCAAAGUAUUGGGCAUUGCGCAAAAAUGGCCCUUGGGAAUUGCACCCUCAGCUAUGCAAAAAUUGGCGCAUCCGGAAGGCGAGGGUGGAAAUGCGCGUGCAGCCGGCAAUGCCGGCUCAAUUUUUAUACUAAGCACACUAUCCACCAUGUCCAUUGAAGAAGUCGCGACUGCUGCACCCGACACCAAUAAAUGGUUUCAACUUUAUGUUUAUAGAGAUCGUUCGCUUACCGAACAAAUGGUACGACGUGCUGAGAAAGCUAAUUUCAAAGCAAUAGUUCUAACCAUCGACGCACCAAUAUUCGGCCAACGUCGUUCAGAUGUUCGCAAUAAAUUCAGCCUGCCGUCACAUCUUCAUCUCGCCAACUUUGAGGGUAUCAAAGCUGAUGGCGUACGUAGUGAUAGCGAGGCAAUUUCUGGUAUCAAUGCCUACGUUUCCAGUCAAUUCGAUCCGACACUAACGUGGAAGGAUGUAGCAUGGUUGGUCAACUUAACGCGGUUGCCUGUAAUCGUUAAGGGCGUACUAACACGUGAGGAUGCUGUGUUGGCGCGCGAAUUCGGCUGUGCCGGCAUAAUUGUAUCUAAUCAUGGAGCAAGGCAAAUAGAUACAGUACCAGCCUCAAUUGAAGCACUUCCCGAAAUCGUCAAAGCGGUGGGUAAUGAUCUAGUAGUGAUGUUAGAUGGUGGUGUCACACAGGGGAAUGAUAUUUUCAAAGCACUAGCUUUGGGUGCUAAAAUGGUUUUUGUCGGUCGUGCUGCACUCUGGGGUCUGGCUUGUGAUGGUCAAAACGGUGUUGAAAACUUGUUAAAUGUUUUGAGGAAAGAUCUUGAAAUUACCCUUGCUUUAGCUGGUUGCCAAAAGUUAAGCGAUAUCAGCAGUGACAUGGUGGCACAUGAAUCCACUUAUGCCAAAUUGUAGACAAUAUUUGUAAAGCUAUUACCCAGUGGAUUAAAAAUGAGGAGUAUCUAAAAAUAAAAUAUUUUCAAUAAAAUCGUGAAAGCGUUCGAUGAAUGAAAAAAGUAUAAAA